CCUCCAAUGGUUCUCUAGAGGUGUUACGGCGGGUUUUAACUAGUCGGCGCUCUCCUCUUCUUUUUCAGUCUCCACGGUGCAGCAACGCCUCUCGCCUGUCUCGGCAGCCGUGGCAGCCGUGUAGUAGUAAUCUGACUACCGCGCACCGAGCUCGCAUUUUGUGUGCCACCGGGAGAGGGGCGACAGACUGCUGCGCGUCAAGGGACACCAGUCACCAUCCGGACGGUUCAAGCUACAUCGCGCCGUAGGCAAUGACAUUGGCAGACUGAAGUGGGAAUACACUAGAAAACGCAACAAUGACGGUGGACUUUGAAGAAUGUAUAAAAGAUUCACCCCGAUUCAGGGCUGGCAUUGAUGAUGUGGAGACGGAUGUGGUGGAGAUUGAGGCAAAGCUUGACAAGCUGGUAAAGCUGUGCAGUGGGAUGAUCGAUGCUGGUAGGGUCUACGUCAGCGCCAACAAGCUCUUUGUUAACGGCAUAAAGGACCUGUCCCAGCAGUGCAAGAAAGAGGAGAUGAUAUCGGAAUGUCUUGAAAAGUGUGGUGAAAGCCUCCAGGAGAUUGUCAACUACCACAUGAUAUUGUUUGACCAGGCUCAGAGGUCAAUCAAGCAGCAGCUUCACACCUUCAUUAAAGAGGAUGUUCGUAAAUUCAAGGACACCAAGAAGCAGUUUGACCGUGUGCGAGAGGAUAUGGAGCUGGCCCAGGUGAAGAACGCCCAGGCUCCCAGGAACAAGGUGCACGAGGCUGAAGAGGCCACACAGGCCCUCAUCCUCAGCCGCAAAGCCUUCAGGCACCUGGCACUAGACUACGUACUACAGAUUAAUGUUCUUCAAGCCAAGAAGAAGUUUGAAAUCCUGGAUGCAAUGCUGUCCUUCAUGCGUGCCCAGUACACUCUGUUCCAACAAGGCUUUAACAUCUUGGACGAGAUUGACCCCUAUAUGAAAAAACUGGCAGCACAGCUGGAUCAGCUGGUCAUUGACUCGGCCAUGGAGAAAAGGGAACUGGAGCACAAACACGCCCUAAUCCAGCAAAGAACUCUGAUGCAGGACUUUUCUUAUGAUGACCCCAAGUUGGAAUUCAAUGUUGAUGCUGCCAAUGGUGUGGUCAUGGAGGGCUAUCUUUUCAAGAGGGCCAGCAACGCCUUCAAGACCUGGAACAGGCGGUGGUUUUCAAUACAAAACAGCCAGCUGGUCUACCAAAAGAAACUCAAGGACUCUUUGACAGUGGUGGUGGAAGACCUGAGGCUGUGCUCUGUCAAAUUGUGCGAAGAUAAUGAGAGGAGGUUCUGCUUCGAAGUGGUUUCACCUACUAAGAGCUGCAUGCUGCAGGCUGAGUCUGAGAAGCUGCGGCAGGCUUGGAUCCAGACAGUCCAGGCAAGCAUCGCCUCGGCUUACAAAGACAUCGCCGACAAUUACUACAUUGAGCGUUUGGACCGGACAGCCUCGCCCUCCACCAGCAGCAUUGACUCUGCCAGCGAGGCCAGAGAGAGAGGGGAGAGGGCUGAUAAGGGAGUUCGAGGAGGCGGGGAAAGCCUCCUCCAGAGGGUACAGAGCCUGCCUGGCAAUGAGCUAUGCUGUGACUGCGGCCAAAUAGCUCCCUGCUGGGCCUCCAUCAACCUAGGAGUGCUGCUCUGCAUCGAGUGCUCAGGGAUCCACAGGGGGUUUUUGGGCCCCCUUGCUCAAAGGGGCGUCACUGACUUUGACCGGGUGCUUUGCAAAACAAUUUCUGUCUUUCAUCUUUGUCCUUCUUCCUUAUUAUUCAUUUUACUGUUGGGGUUUUUUGGGGGAACACCGGAUAAACCUUUUAUGGGGGACCUGCGGAGGGGGAGCAAAAAAAAAAAACCGGGUCCAUCAAAUUUAAGACAGGAGAAAGAGGCCUGGAUCAAGUCUAAGUAUGUGGAGAAACGCUUCCUGAAGAAAAUAAGUGGGAGUGAGGCCUUGGUGGAGGGUGAAAGGAAGUCCCGGCCCUGGACGGUGAAGAAGUGCCGGCGACACAACAGCUCUGUUCGCGUCCCCAACAAGGCCCGCAGGAAAUACCAUCGCUACGAGCGGGGCAGCGCUUCACCCGCAAACCUCUCAGCAGCAGCUGCAGCAAAGUUUCGCCGGGACUCCCUGUUCUGUCCAGAUGAGCUGGAUUCAUUAUUUUCCUACUUUGACACUGGCUCAGGUCCUCGCAGCCCCGCAGGUCUUAGCAGCGACAGCGGUCUGGGAGGAAGUACCGAUGGCAGCACAGAUAUCCUGGUUUUUGGCUCAGUGGUGGACAGUGUCACAGAAGAAGAGGAGGAGUCAGAGGAGUCCUCCAGUGGUGAAGUGGAGAUUGAACAGGAAGUGUCUUCAGACUCCGAAGACCCAAGAGAGCUUCACCCUGGGGCGCUCCUCCACCGAUCCUCCCAUCUACACAACCUGCCACUCAUGGCGGAGGCAUUAGCACACGGUGCGGACGUACAUGCUGCAAGUGAGGAGGAGGAGGGCAGAACGCCACUGAUUCAGGCCGUGGUCGGGGGCUCUCUGAUAGCUUGUGAGUUCCUGCUACAGAACGGAGCCGAUGUAAACCAGAGGGACAUGCGAGGCCGAGGCCCGCUGCACCAUGCCACCUACCUGGGACACACUGGUCAAGUGUGUUUGUUCCUGAAGAGAGGAGCAUCACAGACAGAGGUGGAUGAGCAGGGUCAUGACCCCCUAAGCAUCGCUGUCCAGGCUGCCAAUGCAGACAUCGUCACCCUAUUGCGUCUUGCCCGGAUGAAUGAGGAGAUGCGAGAGGCUGAGGCUCCCUUGGGUCAACCAGGGGUUGCCACGGGCAGCAGGAGAGUUAAACCCAAGGAUGUUCGGGAUAGAGUGACAUCUCCAAUGUUGGUGUCUUUCGCGAGUUUUCUCUCCUCGCAUCUCUCCAGCCCGAGAAGUUGAGGAGAAGGAGUAUACAGUUCAGUCAUUGCAAGAAGCCACAGUGACCAGUGACCACCUUUCAGUCACUUCGGAGAGGGAGGCAGCCACAUGCCCUUACAAAGACGCCUUGAUGCUGGGGAGUGAGUGCCGCAGGUGUA